GGCUAAAAAGAUUCAGAAUAAUGCUGUAGUAAAUGAAAGUCCUACAGAAAGAUUAAUUCGAGAAUUAAAAGAAGAAAAUGAAAGAUUAAUGGCUAUGUUAAAAACUGGUGGAAAUAAAAAAACAGAUAAUUCAGAAGAAUUAAAAUAUCUGUUGGCUGAAAAUGAAAGACAAAUGGGUAUGCAGUUAUCUUGGGAGAACAGAUUGGAAGAGGCCAGAAAAGAGUGGGAGAAGACAUUUUUAAACAGUUCUAAAGAGAAAGCAGAAUGGGAACAACAACCUUAUAUAAUGAACGUAAAUGAAGAUUCUCAGUUAACUGGAGUUAUUAAACAUUGUUUUGAUAAAGGUAAAACUGUAAUUGGAAAAGAGAAUCAAGAAGAUGUUGAUAUUACUAUAAAAGGCCUAAGCGUUCAAAAUCAUCAUGCUAUGAUAUAUAAUGAUGGUAAUAAAGUGUAUAUUGAACCCUGUUCUAUACAGUGUUUAAUUAAUUACAAUGGAAGUAAAUUACGACAGAAAACACAGUUACAUCAUCUGGAUAGAUUAAAGUUUGGAACAACCAGUCUCUUUCUAUUUGUUGGUUUUAUGAGUGAGAGACGCUCUCAGGAUCAACUAGAGAAAUAUAACUAUGAUUACUUUAUGACGGAAAUAGCUGAACAUGAAGGUUUGGCUGUGGAAUUACAGACACCACGAAGAAAUAGUGAUGCUCAAGCAACUUCAACCACAGUCUUUCAUGAAUUUGUUGAUUUGAUGCCUCUAAUAACUGAAGCUAAUGCUAUUAGUGAAGAAAUGAAUAAGUAUGUGAAAUUUGAAGCAGAAGUUAAGAAUUUUGCAAGUCAUGAAACGUCAGCUAAAACUACCGAAAAAGAAGUUGUGGUGAAAGUUACUAAUACACUCACUAAAAAGGUAUGGACAUGGAGUAAGGCCAAAUUUCAUAAUCGUAAAAAUAUCAUGGAUCAAGUUUAUGGAGAGUUUUGUGAAUUUGGUGCUAAGAAAAUCAACAAGAAGAAUGAUCCAUUUUGGGAUCCUGUGGAAGAUGUUUUUCUUGGAAGUUGUCACGUGUGGUUGCAACCAAUUGCAUAUAACAUGGAAAUAGAUGAACAUUUCGCUCUCCAUAAUUACCAUGGUAAAGAGGAAGCUGUAAUACAUGUACAAGUUGUACCAUGUAAUAACAAGGGGAGACCACUAGGAGAUGACAGUAUUGUGACAGACGCAGAUGAACUAUUAGAUUCACCUUUGAACUAUGUAAUAAUGUUACCACAGUGUAUGGGUGUUAGAUGGAUUAUGGAAGAUAAAUCUCGAGGCGUUUUCUGCAGAAUAAUUGUACCUGGUGAAAAGAAUAUCAUAUCCAGUAAAAGAAUUUGGAAUAAACCACAAACAGAGUUAGAUUUUACAGCACAAAUACAGCAUAAGAAAGUAACUUCUAAAAUAUUAGAUCAAUUAUUAACAGAAUCAAUUGUUAUAGAAUUGUGGGGCACACAAGAUCCCUCUGAAAUUGAACAUCCAGAAAGUAAUGGACAAAUUCACCCACAUCUUAAUGUUGAUAUCUUAUCACAAGCUCAAGAAGAAAAACCAGAUUAUGAAACAAUAUAUAAAGAAAAUGUUCUCUUAAAAUCUGAAUUAAUGAAAGCUAAUCAAAAAGGAAAAGUAACCAAAGGUUUAGAUGUGGAUUUAGCAAAAAGUAUUCAAAUAUUUUUCAAAGAUAUUCGUUCGGUACAAUCUACAAUACAAGAAAUGAAAGAAAUAUCUGAUAAUGUACAGAAAGAUGGUAAAUAUAAUGGUAAUAUGAAGAGUAUAAUGGAUAAUUAUUUUAAAACAUUAACAACGACAGAUAGUCAGUUAUCAUCUUGUGUACAAACAUUACGUAAAUCUGUUAUGGAGACCAUCAAAAAAAGUAAAUCUUCUUAG